AUGUCGUUCCCUCUACCGCGCUCUUCAAGUUUGCCGAGAAACCAAAUGCAAAUGCAAAACCAGAGUGCAAACGUCAUGGACCGAUCGAUCGAACUCGGCUCGUUCCCCGCCUUCGUCCAUACAGCGGCCAGCAUGGGCUCUGCUCCUAUUGGCUCCGUGCCGAGCGUCGACCAGACAAGCAUAGCGCAAUUGGAUCCUCGAACACGAGCAGCGAUCCCGGAUAAAGCGGCUUCAUACACAUACACCACCUCAUUCGAGCCUCUUCCACCCAAGAUCAUUUCUCUUUCAACAAUAGCUUCCUCGCAAAAUGAACGAUCAAGAUCGACUUCGGCUUGGAAUCCUCGGAAUUGGCCCUGGCCGAGGAUCGAGGCCAUGUGGUGGGCCGCCUCACCGCUUCUGUUCCACAUCCUGGGAAUGGUCCUGUUGCUCAUCUCGCUGGUCGAAUGCCGGAUCCCGUAUUUGAGUAUCGUCCAAGUUGGAGAAGGGACGACGGGCCGACUGGAUUAUAGCUUGCUCGGUGAGUGAAAAACAUGAUUUCCCUGCACUAGGAGCCACCGAGCUGACCGGUGUAAACGUUCGUUCACAGCCUCUUGCGCCGUUGCUCCCGGAACGACCGAACAAGUGUGCACAAAAAGACACAUUCUAGCGGACUACAUCCCCUCGCUCCUCCUCGUUUCUCCCGCGAUGCCAGCGUUCACCGCCCUCAAGCUCAUCUUCGUCUCUCAACAAACGCCGCCGAUCCUCCUCUCAGGGCUCUGCCUCCUCGCCGCCGCUUUCCUGGUCUACAUCCCCUUUUGGAUCCUCGCUUACUUCCCAAACACCAAAACGGUCCCCGCACUUCUCGAGAAAUUCUACCGCUACCAUGCCAAGCAUCUCCUCCUUCUCGUCUUCAUCCUCGUUCUGCCCGCUUUCGUUCUCACCCUCACUAGCGUCAUAGGUUUCCACCUACUCUGCCAAGGCAACGCCAUCGAUUUUAGUAUGAACAUGCUCGCCGCCUUCGAAGCCGGUCUUCUCGGAGGUUCCAUCACCGCUUGGAAACCCGAAUUCGGCCAUGGCUUUAACAUCCUUUGGACGGCGGUGGCUUUUCAAGCCGCUACGGUCAUCGCGCUCGGUGUGGCGAUGUUCAACGAGUUGCAUGAAGUGGUCGAGUGGCCCGAGAUGCAGAAGGGGAAAGUGUUCUGGUAG